AUGUUUGUGUUGUCUUUUGUUGGAGCUCGGUCUGAUCUCACAUCACUCUUCCCUCUUCCCCGAGUCCUUUUGAAACUCUCCCCCGGGCCUUUACCCUCCCGAACCUCGCCCCUUUACCCUCAUAACCCCAACCCUUCCCCCGGCUCCAGUCGGUGCAGAGAUCAGAACUACGUCAGAGAUCGAGUGUCUGGAAACCAGCGGCUUCAUAACAGUGGCAGCGAUGGACUCCGGUGUGAUUGA